AUGGAAACGGAUGAGGGAGAAAGAAAGGUGGAGGAAUCUAGAGAGAGAAAGAGAUUGAGCGAAACCCCUCCCGACGAUGACUGCUGCCCAAUUUGUUUUGGCACCUUCACUGUUCCUUGUCGAUCCAACUGCGGUCAUUGGUAUUGUGGCAAUUGCAUUUUGCAAUUCUGGAACUAUUCCUCAGCAUCUAAGCCAUGCAAGUGCCCCAUGUGCACUUGCAAGAUUCUUAAUUUAAUGCCAGAGGCAUCAUUACAACAGCAACAGGACCAGGAAGUUAUGGAGGUACUUAAAAGUGUACAGAGGUAUAACCUUCUCUUUGUUGGAGGUGCUCGUGGUCUUGUUCAGAAAGUGCGUGAGUUACCAUUCUUCGUCAAGAGAAUGUUACAGGCGUUGAUGGAUCCUGAUACAAAUGAUUCAUAUCUUGCUGAGAUGCGCCUUUUUGCAAUGGUGCUAAGUAUCCUCUACAGAGCUACACCAUUUGAUUUCAUUCCAACAGGGGGUCUGGGAAUUGGAAGAGUGUUUGAUUUUUCUGCUGUUACUCUGGUACUCAUCCUGCGUUUGGUGGGCAUCUAUCGCAGAAGACGACUUACGCAGCGUGUGAGGCACCUAGCAGCCAUGGAACUUUUACAGGAAUGAACUUCUAUGAUUUUUAAGGCACGUUAUGUGUUUUUCUAUUCCUGGUGACUGAAAAUAGCUGUAAAUUGUCUAAAUAUGUGUGAAGGAAGUUAAAUUAGGUUGUACAUUCCGGUAGAUUGAAUAAAAAAUAGAGCAAGAUGCUUUGGGAGGAGUGGCUGAUUGAUUUGAGUAUAUGCGGCAGUAGGUGUUUUGCGUGUCUAUCAGCUACUUCUAUGUACAUAGAAACGCUGCAACUCUUAGCAUAGGUUGCUUUUACUAACUUGUUCGUCCCGUUGUUCACCUCUAAUAUAUUUGUUUGUUAAGUAUUAUGAUAAUCCCAAGAAAUGAAAA